AUGUCUCGUGGACGUGGUAUUUGUCGGAAAGAACAGUCUCCUCCGUCUCCGACUUUAUCAUCUCUCUCAGAGUCAAACCUUGAAAAGUCACCUAAUCAAAGUCAGGCAUCAUGCGAUCAAAGAACUACUAUGCAAUCAUUUGUCUCAGAUCGUGUUGGAGUUGGUCGUGGUAAAACUCGAUCGAACGCUUCAUCUGUAUGGCGUGUGUCAACUUUAUCGAGCGCCGACUUUUUGUCAAAACAUGACCGCUGUCACUUAAGAGAAACUCAACAAUGUGGUAAAAUUGGCGAACGAAUUCGUGUACUUGUCAAUUAUUUUAAAUUGUUAAACGUUCAACAUUUAUUGGACACCGUUUAUCAAUAUCAUGUCGAUAUAUCGAGUAAUCAUGAUGUGGAAUUAUCGUUUACAAGAAAAAGAGCAAUUUAUAGUUCUUGGAUUAAAACUUUGCCUAGUGCAAUGCACAAUAGUCUGGCAUUCGACAACGAUAGUAUUGUUAUAUCUUCGGAAAAAUUACCUGAUAUUGAUCAAAAAGGUGUAAAAUACCCGAUACCAGCGCUGAACCGUUGGGGUAAACAAGAAUUGUUUAAUUUUAUCAUAAAACUAAUCGAAUCUAAUCAAGGAAGAAUUGAUUUAAAAGAUCUGGAAAUCGAUCGUUUAAUACAAAUAUUAACAAUUGUUUUACAUGAAGCCAUAUCCAAAAAUGCCUAUACUAUUCAACGUCGAUCAUUUUACACUAUAUCAACAAAAGAGAACACAUUCAAUUUGGGUCUUGGUAAAGUUGGAUGGCGUGGAUUUUAUUCAGCAGUCGUAUUGUCUGCCAAUGAACCUAAAUUAGCUCUUAAUCUUGACGUCAAUCAUACCAUAUUUACGAAAAAACAAACAUUUUUGAAAUUCUUACAUGAAUUAAUAUGGAAACAUUCAAUAGAUAAUAAUAAAGAAUUAGAUAAAAAAAUGUGUGAACUAUGUGAUACGCUAUCCAGGGAUAAAAACCGUAUUGAUUAUAUCAAUGAACAAAUUAAGGGUAUGAAAAUCCGGUAUAAAAAUGCUCAGAUAAUCUGUGUUUACACAGUUAAUUCAUUGGGCAAAUCAGCUAAAGAACAAGAAUUUAGUGAUUCAAGCGGUACACUGAUUAAAGUUGAAGAGCAUUAUCAAAAUCAUUAUAAUUUACUAUUAACAUAUCCUCAGUUACCAGUGUUAUCAAUACUGAAAAAAGAUCGUUGGAUAUAUUUACCAAUGGAAUUGUGCGAUGUUGAACCAGUUUGUGUUAAAAAGAUGACACCUGAUCAAGUGAAAAAUCUGUGUGAUAAUGCAUCACAGCCACCUGAUGUAUAUUUCAAGAACGUCAUGAAUGUCCGAAAUAAAGAAUUCGAUUUUAAUGACGAUCCAAUUUUGACAGCAUGGCGUUUGAAUGUUGAUUCACAAAUGUUACUAUCAGAAGCACGUAUAUUACCAGAGCCCAUAGUUCAAUAUGAAAAAUUCGACGUACGAAAUUUCAGGGAACCCGGUGUAUGGACGAUGGAAAAUUGCGUCAAAUACGACAGUCCAGCAGUGUUUCCACAAGUGUGGGCAAUGAUCAAUAUGUCGUAUAAGAAUCUGAGUAAAAAUGAUGUGAAAGAGUUCUGCGUAGAGUUGAGGAGACGUGCGUUUAAUCAUGGAAUUAAAACGUUUUGUCUACCAGCUAUCUAUCAAGAAUGUGAUACAAAUUCAGUUAUCGAAUAUAUCCAAAGGCUGAUGGAUGAAAAUCAUGAUUGUAAAUUUAUAUAUUUUGUAUUUCCCGAAUAUAAUGUAGAAUUGUAUCGUCUUGUUAAAUCGUUCUGUGAGUACCAAGUGGGUAUUAUUACAGGAUGUAUUAUUGGAAAAAACGUCCGGAAAAAUACACAUAGAGGACGAGAAGUAUUCAAUGCACCUGUGAUUGAACAAUUAUUACUUAAAAUUAACUCUAAGUUAAAUGGAAUAAAUUCAAGGCUAAAAGUAGAUCCUGGCAUUGAAACGUUUUUUUCUCGUGGUCAUCGUAUCAUGUAUGUUGGUAUUGAUCUAAGUUAUCCGGGACCCGGCUUGCUGGAUACCGGUAGACGCGCAACUGUUGCUGUUUGUGCGUCAGUUGAUGAUAUUCCAUAUCGAUAUGCCAAACAGUUGCGUGUUCAAUAUUACCCAGCCAAAAUGGAAAAUGGACAAAGUUUGGAAAUGAUUGUUGAUUUAAAAGACAUAAUGAAAAGUCUUAUUAAAUCAUAUCAUGAUCUGAGACAAUAUCCACCAAAUGCAAUCAUUAUCUACCGUGAUGGAAUAUCGGAAGGCGAAUUUGAUACGAUAUUUUCCUAUGAAUUAGAUUCAAUUCGUCAUGCAUGCGUUGAAUUAUCCGACGCUUAUCGCCCGUAUAUCACAUAUGUGAUUGUUCAAAAACGUCACCAUACACGAUUUUUCACCGAGAGCAAUAAUCGCCACGGCUAUGACAAUGUUGUGGCUGGUACAGUUGUUGAUUCUCCGAAUGUUAUCAGUACAUCUACAAACAACUUCUAUUUAAACAGCCACGGUCCGUUAAAAGGCACCAAUCGACCCAGUCAUUAUCAUCUUAUGUAUGAUGAUAAUAAUCUAACCGCCGAUAACAUUCAAAUGUUAACAUACGCUCUUUGUUAUACUUAUGCUCGUUGUACACGAUCGAUCUCAAUACCGGCUGUCGUAAAAUAUGCUGAUAUAUUGGCUGGGCGCGCUGCUCUUUAUUCAAAAGAAUUACAGUAUGUUGUAUUAAAUUUAACUUAA